AUGGCAGACAGUGUGGUUGCAUUCCUUUUGGAACACUUGUCCCAAUUGCUGCAACGCGAAUCUAAUUUGCUGUGUGGAGUGGAAGACAGAAUCAUAUCCCUCCGCAACGAACUUGAAAUCAUAGGCGUAUACCUCAAAACUUCUUCUGAAGGGAAGAACAACAACAACAAACAGAUUGAACAAAAGGUUCUGAGUCAGAUCAGAGAUGUCUCCCAUGUAGCCGAGGAUGUCAUCGACACAUUCAUAGCCAAUGUUGCUAUCUACAAGAAGAAAAACAUGCUGGAAAGAAUGCUUCACAGCUUUAAUCAUGCAAAGUUGCUCCGCGAUGCAGCGGAGAAAAUUGACAAGAUCAAAACCACACUCAACGAGAUACAUGAAAACAAGAUCAAAUACUAUCAAGAAAGCAGUGAUCAAUCAACAUCAGCAGCACAAGAGGAGAAUAGAAUGAAAUCACUUCACAGAUUAAGAAGAAACGUGGAGGAGGAAGAUGUAGUGGGCUUUGUCCAUGAAUCUGAGUCUAUAACAGUGAUGAGAAGCAGCACCACCAAAAAGGGUAAGAAGAAACACGAGGAAGCUGUGAAUAAUUCUCAAGAUAUCUCUAGCCUAAGUGAUGAUGAGCUGAAGAAAAGAGUGUGGGAAUGCUUGAAGUGGAAAAAGUAUUUGUUGGUUCUUGAUGACUUGUGGAAAAUACAAGAUUGGGAUGAAGUAAAAGAUGCUUUCCCCGAUGGAAAUAGAGGAAGCAGGAUAUUGAUAACCAGCCGUUUGAAAGAAGUUGCCUCGCAUUUCGGUCGGAAUCCUCCUUAUCAUCUUCAAUUUCUCAGUGAAGAACAAAGUUGGGAGCUCUUUUCCAAAAAAGUAUUUAGAGGACAAGAGUACACUUGUGAUCUUGAGUCUCUUGGUAAACAAAUUGUUAAAAGUUGUGGCGGUUUGCCACUCUCAAUUGUGGUUCUCGGAGGACUUCUGGCAAAUAAGGAAAAGUCGCACAGAGAAUGGUCCAAAGUGUUUGGUCAUGUUAAUUGGUAUCUUACCCGAGACGAGACUCAAGUAAAGAAUGUUGUACUUAAGCUCAGUUUCGACAACUUGCCUACAAGACUGAAACCGUGUUUUCUGUAUUUAGGGAUAUUCCCUGAAGAUUCUGAAAUACGUGUAAGGAAAUUGUUGCAACUAUGGAUGGCUGAAGGAUUUAUACAAGAAACAGGAAGUAGAGAUGCAUAUGAUGUUGCUGAAGACUAUUUGUAUGAGCUCAUUGAUCGUAGUUUGGUCCAAGUAGCACGAGUGAAAGAUAGUGGAGGCAUGAAAACAUGUCGCAUCCAUGAUCUUCUCAGAGAUCUCUGCAUAUUAGAAAGCAAAGAGGAUAAGAUCUUUGAAGUUUUCACCGAAAACAACAUUUUAAUCCCUACAAAACCUCGAAGAUUGUCUGUCCAUUCUAACAUGUCUCAUUAUAUUUCUUCAAGCACUAAUGACCAUUCAUGUGUUCGCUCUCUGUUUUGCUCUGACUCAAAUUGCUUCAUUUCUCAAGAUGAGUGGAAAUGGCUUACCAAAGGCUUCAAAUUGGUUCGGGUGUUAGAUCUUGAAGGAAAGUGUUGUUUUAAGAUUCCCGCAAACUUAGGGAACUUCAUUCACUUGAGGUACUUACGAAUAGACUCGAAAAAUAUUAUAAGUGUUCCAGAUUCUAUAUGUAACCUUCAGAAUCUACAAACAUUAGACUUUGGACCUUCAACCAUGGUCAUCACAAUUUCUUUCCCAUGUGGAAUAUUAAAACUCAAGCAUCUAAGGAAUGUGUAUACUUUUGGGCCUAUCAUGCUACGUGGACGUUAUUUAGAAUCAAAUGGUAAUGUUAUGUGGAAUCUUCAAACAAUCUCUUGCAUAGUGCCUAAUAAAAAAACAACAUAUCUGAUAGAGAAAGGAAGUUUCCCCAAACUAAGAAAAUUAGGAUUGUAUAUCUCCUCAAACAUCAAGGUUGAUGUGCCCAAAAUGUUGCUAAGCCUUCAACAAUUGAAACAUUUGAAUAAGCUAGAAAUCAUAUUCAAAGUGAAAGAUUGGCCAGACUUGCGAUGGGAUAUCAAUUAUAAGCCCGAGGAAGUUUUAGAAAGUUUGAAGAACUUGAUCCAUCUAAGUAUACUGAAAAUCAACAAUGCACAUGAGCUUCUAACAUGUGUAGCCAUGUUUCCUCCCAACAUUACCAAGUUAACAUUGACAGGUAUUAGUAGCUUGAAUGACGAUGGGAUGACAGCUAUUGGAAAUCUCACCAAACUCCAAAGGUUGAUCUUAACUGGAGACAAUUGGUUUUCAGACAGUUGGUCUGCAGAUUCAUUUUUUGAUCUUAAUUGUGUUGAAGAUGGGUUCCCACAGUUGCAGGUGUUUCAAAUGGGAAAUAUGCCUAUCCAAAACUGGAAACUAGCUAAUGGUUCCAUGCCACGCCUUCACAUCUUAGAUAUUCAUCAAUGCAAUAAGUUGAAUAGCCUCCCAAGUGAACUGUGGUCUUUGACAACCUUAAGAAAAGUAUGUGUUCGGAGACCUUCCAAUGCUAUGGCUGCAAUGCUACAAAAUUUAGAAGUUGAGAAUGGAUGUGAGGUCAUUGUAGAAUAUUAG